AGGGAAACACAAGGCAGCUUGCAUUACUCUCACUUGCUGGUAUCAGGUGUACUUUGAGCAGACUUGUGUUUGGUUAAAACUGGCCUUGCACAGAAUGGGUGCGGUAAUGUGGCGUGUGUUUGCACAGACAAGGUGAUCUGUUGUGAUACGUGCUCGGGCAAGGAGCGGGCUUGAAUGGAAUCUAUUUUUUUUUCCCCUAUACCGCCAGCACUUGAGAGGCUGCACACCGGGGGAUUCUUUGGAAAUGUCUGAGUUAAAUGUCACUAUGGAGGCGACCAGUGACACCACAAAAAUCCUGGAGAAAGGUCCCGAGUACCUUCGAAAGCAAAUGGAGCUGGAGGGGGAGACCAAAGGACACAUGAGCGCAGUGGAGAGGUUGGCUGCGAGCAAACCCAAGUAUGUGAAGAGCCAGCAGGUGGUCAACUCCAUCCAGGAGCCUGCGAUCAGCCUGGGGUCAGCUUCGGUGAGCAGCACGGGGUCUUCCACCCGGAGCUCGAACCGGGGGAGGAAUGCUCUCGCAGUGGGUGGUGUUGUGAAAAGCUGCUCACCGGGGCAGGUACGGCGCACCAGCUCCAAAAAGCGCCCGGACUCUCUUCUGCUCUACAGGCAGAAAUGUGAGCUCCUGGGGGGUGCAGCAAACGACAGGAAACACCAUAUAACACGUAAGCUGCUGGCGAACAACACUGUGAACAAAAAUGUCCCGUUACUUAAGGAGUGCGAGUCUGAGGGAGACAAUAAAUCAGGCGCCGCCACACCUGGGGAGCGCGGCGCGCAGGGAGCGCCGCCGUGGAGGAGGAGGAGGGGGGUCGAGUCUGGGACAAAGGUGACAGGGGCUCUCCUCACUGUCCCCGAGUGCGAGAGGAGGUCCGGCAGGGGCGUGGGUCGCUCCCACUCGGACAUCAGCUCCAGGUACUCCAAGAACUUCGCGGACUUCGACGCUUUCUUCAUGUACUGCGGGCUGGACGGCGAGAUCGUCGAGUCCCUGGGGCGGGAGAACUUCUCGGCGCGCUCGGACGAGAUCGCGAUCAAAUUCCGCAGCGUGAGCGUGUCCACGACGGAGGGAGGCUUCUCCAAGAGCAGCGGGGGCAGCGACGGGCUGCUGCAGGUAGAGCUGCACGACAACAUACGUCAGGGGACGUCGGUGAUCGAGCGCAACGCACGGGUUAUCAAGUGGCUGUACAGCUGCAAAAACGCCAAAGACAGUGGGAAAAAGUUACGAGACCUUAACUGAGAUUUGAGUUUUCUUCCUGCAGUGGCAACCGCAUGUCUACCUGUGCAUAUAAAACCUUUAAGUGUGUGUGUGUGUGUGUGUGUGUGUGUGUGUGUGUGUGUGUGUGUGUGUCUACCUGUGCAUAUAAAACCUUUAAAAACACACCAUACAUAGACUAUGCAUAUACCAUAACAUGUGAUAGGUAUUAAAUGUAUUAAAAUCUGCACAGUCCUUAGUUUGUGUGUGUGUGUGUGUGUGUGUGUGUGUGUGUGUGUGUGUGUGUGUGUGUGUGUGUGUGUGUGUGUGUUCUGUGUGUGCGUGUGUGCAUGAAAACCCACAGCUACUAACAAUCUAUAUCUUGAAAGUGUUUGUUUACUUGUCCUUUAGAUUGCAAACCAGGUGCAUGUUUCUCAGUCAGAGAGCGGUCUUGUCAAAGUCUUGUCAAAGGUCAAGACUUUGUGCUGCAGCUGGGCGAUAUGGUCAAAAAUGAUACCAAGAUCAAAAUGUUCAUAUCAGGCGAUGAUUUUAUCACGAUAAGUAUUAAUUCUGCUCAUGAGCAGCGUUGGGGAUUUAAACUCUUCUUCGUGAGCGGAGGAUAACGAACAUGAUAAACAUCUGAGGUAGAUCAAUUAAGUGUUAUGCCUCAUCACUGUGUUUGCACAAUGCAUAAGAAAUAUAUCAAUAUUUAUUGGACUUUUGUUAUGUUGCUAUUGAUGAAAAUUAUAUUGCAAUGGCAAUCUAUAAGAUUUUAUCGCCCAGCCCUAUUUGUGCAUAUGUGCCCACAUUAACACACACACACACACACACACGUCAUGGCAUUCAAAUCCAGAUUUCAUUGGUAAACUAAUCGUGCUCAUCACUCUCACAAUGGGAUUUGUCACAAUAUGGCAAUCCAAAAACAUUAUAGCAAUGCCUUAUACCUGAUCUGUAAAGAAUUACUUUUGUUACUUAUUGUUUUGUUAUUCGUUUCAAUUUAUAAACCCUCGAUAAACCCAGUUUAAAGGGCCUAUUCAGGGCGAUUUCAGUAAUCCCAAAAGAUAAUGGCUUAGAGUUCAUGUUAUGGCAUUGAGAUUCUAGCCAGAAACAUUCCAUGAUGUCUAAUACUGAUGUUCAUUAGUUCUAUUCCUCAGCAGGGCCUGAAAGUGGCCUUACAUUAAAACUUAGGAUAUGCAUGCACACACACAGCGUCAUAUUAAAAAUGCCAAUAAGGCAGCUGUUGUAGAGGUCAAGUGUUUCUGGUCAAUCAUUACAUUUAGCUACAUUCAGACCAGAAGGAUUUGUAAGAUGUUGUUAUUUUCCAGCCCCUGAAUCAGUCGUUUCGUGGGUCCUGUGUGGGAGGAGAGGAAUGUACCUUAUAAUCUGAGGGGUUUAUGUCCACUGACCCGUUUAACUCUAUCUCCACUUCACGCCCGAUCUCUGCCUGGUUUCAUCUCCUCACCACAAUCUGUCUGUUUCUGCCUUUUGGCCAACUUUCAUUGACCGAUCAAAGCUCAGAGGGUGUACGAGUGAAAAAACAAAAAAAGCAAAGGCCAGACUCAUGAUGAUUUCUUGUUUUAAAAGAAUUACCACUCACACUGUUUCUCUCUCGCACAUGGAGAAAACAAACAGCACUCAGCUGGGCCAGUGUUGUAGACACACCUUUCACUUCCCCAUAAGCCUGAAGGACUAUGUCACUCAAAGACAAGCCGUGUCUUGUCUUCUCCGCUCCUCUUCUCCAGAACUCAAAGUGACUUAUUAUUCAGUUUUAUGAUGCAGUUACAAAAAUGUUACGUCUCAUUUGUAUCUCAAUGUGAUAAGUGACUGAAAAUAUACUCUGCUUGCAUUGCUUAUAUCUUCUUUUAUCAGGAUUUUGAUGUAAAAAUGUUACUCUGCUCUCAGACAAAUUUAUCAUUGACUGAAAUAACAACAAUAACUGAAAUGUCCUUUACCCAAAGCAGGAUAACAGCAAAUUUGUGUGAUCUUGUUUUAUAUUGAAGUACUAUAAAGUUUGUUAAAGUUAA